UGAAGAUGCUCCCUCUGUGCAGCCUGUCUGCUAUGCUGGCCAUUGUCUUCCAGCCUGCCUUCUCGGUUACCUAUAACUGCUCCUCUCUAUACAACAAGAUCCCAGACAACAACGACCUGAAAGUGGUUUGCGGGGCAAAUGUUAUCAGCCUGGAGGUGAACCUGUGUUCGGCCCAGUGGGCCGGCUUUGAUCCCACCACCCUGGCUCUGAAUGGCCAGCGCAACACCAGCCAGUGCCUGGGAUUGGCUGACACCCAAGUGGACCCGCCCGUUAUCCGCUACCAGCUGCCUGUCAAUGAGAGCCAGGGCAACCCCUGUCGCCAGUUGUAUCAGAUUGUGGACGAAGUCCCCGAUGCUUCAGGUCCCUUUGGCUCGUUCUCCAGUGUCCAGGCCGUCGUUGUCACAGGGUACAUUGACACGCCCAAGUCCUCCAGCGGGAUCAUCAGCUACUCCACAGACCUCUACUACCACUUCUCCUGCCGUUACCCACUGGAGUACCUUCUCAACAACACAAAGAUUGUAGCGUCAUCCGUGUCAGUGGCUACCAGCGACAACAACGGCACGUUCAUCAACACCUUGACCAUGAGUGUUUACAAUGAUUCAGACUACGCCUUUCCGCUGGUAGCUCCACCCACAGGCCUCGCACUGCGCUCCAAGGUCUACGUAGAGGUCAAGUCCACCAACCUCACCGGGAAUUUCAAUUUGUUGCUUGACCACUGCUUUGCGACGCCAACUGUGUACAACCAAUCGAACACAGAGGAGUUCGACUUCUUUGCAGGAUGUGUUGUAGAUGCACACACAUCCGUCACAGUGAAUGGGAUUUCCAAGAAUUCCCGAUUCUCCUUUGAGGCAUUCCGGUUCGUGAUACACAAAAACAUGGACAGGUCCACAAUCUACCUGCACUGCAUCAUCCGGCUGUGCGAGCCCAGCAAGUGCCAGGAGAUUAUUGAUGGUUGCCAUAACAAAAGAAGAAAGAGAUCUAUGGAGGCUUUGGCAUCAGAAGCAGGGGAUUCUGCCACUGUUUCCGUGGGUCCACUCUACACCGGUAGAUCAGAUACAAUCCCCAAUGCAUUGCCACUGAGCAGCGGACGGGUGCCGUCAGGAGCUGACAUGGUUAAAUAUAAAGGGCUAAUCAUAUGGAUCCCCUUUGUCACCGCGGCCAGAACACUGCUGGUCUAGAACACUGCUGGUCUAGAACACUGCUGGUCUAGAACACUGCUGGUCUAGAACACAGUUGGUCUAGAACACUACUGAUCUAGAAAUAUUUUUCACCAUCAACAGGUUUUAGAGUAGAGGGUAAACCCCAUCCAGUUUUACUGUGUAGAGGGUAGACCCCAUCUAGUUUUACUGUGUAGAGGGUAGACCCCAUCUAGUUUUACUGUGUUAAGGGUGAACCCCAUCUAGUUUUACUAUGUAGAGGGUCGACCCCAUCUAGUUUUACUGUGUAAAGGGUGAACCCCAUCUAGUUUUAUUGUGUAAAGGGUGAACCCCAUCUAGUUUUAUUGUGUAAAGGGUGAACCCCAUCUAGUUUUACUGUGUACAGGGUCGACCCCAUUUUGUUUUACUAUGCAGAAGGUUUACACUUUGCUUUUGACAAACACAUUUCUCUGCCAAUGUUCCCUUCCACCUCUGAGCUGUCCAGUUUCUACAGAUGUCAAUAUGUUUGUAUUUAUCUAUCCACACACAUACACACAUACACGUGCACACACACGUGCACACACACAUGCACAGCACCGGCUCACAGACUGACACACUGAUUUUUCACACCCCUUUAUGUUUAUUGUUCGUCUUUAGACUAUCAUGGUUUUGUUCUGACUCACGUCUCUCUGUUUAAUAUUCUAUGGACUGCCAUGGUUUUGUGGAGAAAAUCUCCAGUUGAUCAUAGAUAAAGUUAAUCAACCCCUACUGUAUGUACUUAAAUUACUGGUUAUGAAGUAAAGCAUUUAAAUGCAUGAAUCAUAUUGCACUUUUUUGUAAUACAAAAUACAUUGUAGGCUGUCAGACAAGACAACGUCCAUAUACUUGUGUUAUAGUGAGUAUUCUGUGAUGUGGGAAUUAAAACGUA